CCCACCCGGAAGCAUUUCGCUGGCGCACACUGGCGAACAUAAACAGCGCGGCAACAAUGCUAGCGUCGGGACGUUUUAUCUUUUAAACAUGAUACACGUUUUGUUUAUUUGAAAGCAUGGCUACAACGUCCGACGCGGGGGAUUUGGAAGAAAGCCGCGCCCGGCUCUGCGAAGAGUUUGCCGGCAUAGCGGGGACCGAUAGCGGCGUGGCUCAGUGCUACUUGGCCGACAAUGACUGGAAUAUGGAGAAAGCUUUAAACGCAUUCUUUGAGGCUGACCUGGAGAAAGUGUUUGAGGCCGAGUGGUCUUCAGAUAAGGAGUCUGAGCCUGCAACCAAGAGACAGAAAGUUGAGGAAAAAACCCCAACAGAGAGCAUAGACUUAACAGCAGACUGUCCCGGCUCGUCAUGCAAGCCCCCCGAUGCCGACGACGCUGGGCUGUCGCUCCUCUCCUGGAAUGUGGACGGACUGGACACGGAGAACCUGGCAGAGCGCGCCAGAGGCUUGUGCUCCUAUUUAGCCCUCUACACACCUGACGUGGUGUUCCUGCAGGAGCUCAUCCCGCCAUAUGUGCAGUAUUUGAAGAAACGGGCCGUCAGCUACCUUAUUCUGGAAGGCAAUGAAGAUGGCUACUUCACUGGCAUGAUGCUAAAGAAGGCGCGGGUCAAACUGCUGGAGAGUGAGAUCGUGGCCUACCCCACCACUCGGAUGAUGAGGAACCUUCUGGUGGCUCAGGUGAGCUUCAAAGGCAGCAAGCUGUGCCUGAUGACGUCACACCUGGAGAGCUGCAAGGGCCAAGGGGGCGAGCGAAUGAAACAACUUGGCGAGGUGAUGCGGAGGAUGAGGGAGGUGCCCGACGACAUCACAGUCCUCUUUGGCGGAGACACAAAUCUCAGAGACAAGGAGGUGGCCAAGGUGGGCCUGCCCGCCGGCGUGUGUGACGUGUGGGAGCGCCUGGGCAAGCAGGAGCACUGCCGCUACACGUGGGACACCACUGCCAACAGCAACAAGAGCGUCCCGUACGUCAGCCGCUGCCGCUUUGACCGCGUUUACCUGCGCCCGGCCGCCCGUGACGGGGUGUCCACCUUGGCCCCCGACCACAUGGCCCUGGUGGGCAUGGAGAAGCUGGACUGUGGCCGCUUCACCAGCGACCACUGGGGGGUCUACUGUAGCUUUACUACUAGCUAAUCAAGACCUCCAAUAUGAUCAUCGCCAUUUUUUACUUAAUUCCUUUGCUUUUCUUUUAUGUACAAGUCUUAAAUCGUUCUAAAUAAAUA